AUUGUUGUCAACUGAAUGGCAACCAACGGUUUACCUGCAAGGCGAACCGAUCAAACAGGAAGAGGAAUGAUGUCCGUUGAACUGACGGAUGUUCUUAACGGUUGUGGCUAUAAACCGUCUUCCUCACAACUUGGUCAAAUCUUCACUUUUACAGGCAAGAAUACUGUCGUCAUGUCUUCUACGGCGCCCAUUAAGAUUGGAAUAAUUGGUGGUUCAGGGCUUGAUGAUCCAGAUAUCUUGGAGGGAAGGACUGAGCGUUAUGUUGACACACCGUAUGGAAAGCCAUCAGAUGCUCUGAUACUGGGGAAGAUAAAAAACGUGGAAUGUGUGCUCCUUGCAAGACAUGGGAGGCAACACACUAUCAUGCCGUCCAAUGUGAACUAUCAGGCCAACAUCUGGGCACUGAGAGAAGAGGGCUGUACACAUCUGUUAGUUACCACGGCCUGUGGCUCGCUCCGAGAGGAGAUUCAGCCAGGAGACAUUGUCGUCAUUGAUCAGUUCAUUGACAGGACUACCAAAAGAGCUCAGACUCUGUAUGACGGGCAGCCCACCAGUCCUGCAGGUGUGUGUCACAUCCCCAUGGCUGAGCCUUUCUGCAACAGAACCAGAGAGGUUUUGGUGGAGGUGGCGCGGAGCCUGGGGGUCAAGUGCCAUGUGCGAGGGACUAUGCUGACUAUCGAGGGGCCCCGCUUUUCCUCGCGGGCGGAGAGCCUGAUGUUCCGCCAGUGGGGUGCUGACGUCAUCAAUAUGACCACUGUGCCAGAGGUGGUCCUCGCCAAGGAGGCCGGCUUGUGCUAUGCCAGCAUUGCCAUGGCAACAGACUACGACUGUUGGAAGGAACACGAGGAGGCGGUCUGUGUUGACAACGUACUGAAGACGAUGAAGGAGAAUGCAAACAAGGCCAGCAGUAUCCUGCUAACUGCAAUACCCCAGAUUAGUCAGAUGGACUGGGCUCAGACAAUGAAGACCUUGAAAUCAAUGGCACAAUCUUCAGUAAUGUUACCAAAACACUAAGAAAAACAAUGAAAUAGAAAAGGAUUCGGAUCCCAGACACCACCCACACCGACACGGACAACAGACUCAACGCUGCCUGUGGAUUUGUCAUCAGUGAAUCACAACAAAGUGCCUCACAUAAAUAAUGCAUGUGGUCUGUCUUCAGCUGGAAUUUCAGUGUUUUUUCUCAAUUAACCCCCCCCCCCUUAAAGAUACAAUCAUGUCAAAAGAUCAACAAAGGUUUUAAAUCUUAAGAUUCUACUAGAUAUUAUUUUUUGUGGAUUUAUAUUUUUUGUGGUAAAACCUGUAAACCAUUGGUGUCUUUAUUGCAGUUGAUGCAGGAGAGAUAAUAAAAAUGCUUUGCAAGUUUAGUACAUGGAUACUUGGUUACUGCCUAGUUACAAUUAACUAACCAAUAUACUUUUAAAGUUGUAUCUGAUGUCUUGGACACAUUUGUGGGAUUUACUGAAGUAAAAUAUUUUACUUAAACACUUAAGCAAAACAUUUUUAGGAUAAUGUUUCUAUCUUUACUUAUCUGGGCACAUUUUUUUUAUUUUGUAAAUACUUUCAUUUUUAUUUGCUCUUCUUGACUGUUUUAUGUUUCAUGAAUCAAAACCCAACAGUAUUUUAUUCAUAUGUAGGGUAGAAUCUGCACUUAACUGUUUUCCAGCAUCAUUAAAUCAGCUAAUUGACUGAGUACUUCUGAGAAACCUGUACUGACUGCAUUUAUUGACACUGACAGAGGAGAAAGAUGUUUCUCCACACCUAAAAUGUUUGAUAUACUGUAAGAUUCAUCAUCAUCAUCUAAUGAAAUUAGCAUUUUUGUCAGAGUUCUGUUGCCACUAAUGUUUGCAUCUAUCCCUGAACCUCAUCACACUGCACAGAAUCUAAAAAUAUUCUGUCUCUUUUAUUUCCUCUUCCUCUUGCCCUGUCUCAACAAAAUGAAUGCAUUAUGCAGCAUAAAUUAGCUCAAUGAAAAGUAGCAGAUUUUAGGCCAUGCUUUAAAGUCCUUAGAAAACAGAUAAAUGAAAGCAACUUGCACUGAUUAAAAUGUAUCUUAUCAGUUGCAGUUAAGAUUCAAAGGAUGUAUUUAUCACAUGUUCAUAAUAUAUGCAGUGAAAUGCAGGGUGGAAUAGUCUGGAGUCUGUGCUUAAAAAGCUAGUGUGCAAUAAAGAAUAAGAAUUAGAAAAAUAAAUAUAAAGUAUAAAGUAAUAGUGUAUUUAUAUCCCCCUGUGUUCAGAUUUGAACAUCUGGUCUUGAAGUAUGACUGUUGGUAGGGAGUAAGUUAAGCCAAUGAUUUCAUUGAAUAUGUAAAUCUAAAAACAUUCUCCUGUUUGACAUGUGAUGAACAGAAUUUAUUGUUGAGAUAAAAACGGUUUGCCGUGUUAAUGGUAAAAUAUCAGGCCAAUAAAGCUGCAAACUGCA